AGAACACUGCCGGCCUUCGAUCUGAGAGCAGGACAGACGAUUCUUUACUCCUAAAAAACACCUGCUUCAACUUUACUGGGAGCAGCCAGACUGAACUGAAACAUUGCCUUCUGGAGGAAACAUGGAUAUUUAACUGCGUCAAGUGAGAGCAUCAGUAGAGCUGUGGGCUCUGACCUGCCACCAUGGGUAACGUGACAAGGCAGGGACACACAAAUCCAGAGUCAAACAGCUUGGACAGCAUGUUUAAAGACUGCGACACUCUUGUGGUGCUCGCUGAUUAUCCAUGCCGUGAUAUCAGCGAACCAGUUUUUAAAAUGGGCGACAGACUCAAAGGUCUUUCAGAAGAUGGUUGCUGGUGGAAAGUUCGUUCCCUUCAAACAGGAACUGAGAAUUAUAUUCCAUGUAACCAUGUGUCAAAGGUCUAUCAUGGAUGGCUGUUUGAGGGUGUCAGCAGACAGAAGGCAGAAGAGCUUUUGUUGCUGCCUGGCAACAGUGCUGGAUCAUUUCUCAUUAGAGAAAGUCCGAGAGAGAGAGGUUUAUAUUCUCUCUCUGUGAGACACAGGAGCGUUAAGCACUAUAAGAUCUUCCGUCUGACUAACAGCUGGUACUACAUUUCACCACGGCUUACCUUCCAGUGUCUGGAGGACAUGGUCAAUCACUACUCUGACUCGUCUGAUGGUAUAUGCUGUGUUCUUAGCGCUCCAUGUCUGGCUCUGUCAAACCCGACGCCGAGCUCAAUCCAGGGAGCUCCUCCUGUAGUAAUGCGUCGAAACCUGGAUUGGAACAAAGUGAAAAAGUCACAAUUAUUAAACCCAAGUGAACUGGACAGCGUAGACAGCAGAGACAACAUGAUGAGCUACGGGGUGAGAAGCAGCAUAGCCGCUUAUCUGUCUUUAACAUCAGUGUCUGAGCCAGAGGAAGCCAAAGGCCGCAAGAAGAAGAGCAAGUCUAUGUACGUCAUGUCUGACCACAGUAAUAUGGAUUUAGAUGAGAACUAAUCCGCUAACACAUUGCAAUGGACUUAAUAUUUUUGCACUGGAUUGGGUGAUCUAUUUGCAUACAUGGAGAGGUCACAUUUCAUGUCUGUUUUUGGAAUAGUUUACCAUUUUGGUUAGCCUUUUUUUUGGCUUUUUUAUUUCAAUUUUUCUCUGUGGUGUUUAAAAGAGCUUUUUUUAAAUGCAAUGCAAAAAGUUUUCAAGCGUGAAAAGGAUAAAAGUGUAAUACAGAUUUUGUUUUGUAUAUUAGAAAUGUCCUGUUCAAUUAGCUUUCAACCAUUAUCGCCAUGAUUUACAGAUCGACUCUGUCAUCCGGUGUAUAAAAAAUGUUAAUAAAUUAUAGACCCUUUUCACA